AUGGUCAAAAGUGAUUCUUCAGAUAUGACGGCCGCGAUCAUACCGCUACCUGCUUACCACCAUAAUGCAAAGAACUGGUUCUUGCAGGUAGAAUCGAUCUUUUCCAUGUUACGCAUAAGUUCACAGCGAGCCAGAUUCGCAAACGUAAUGCAGAAACUUCCAUCCGAUAUGAUGGACGAGAUUUCUGAUGUCCUCUCCGAUUUGCGCGAACAUGUACCGUAUGAUCACUUAAAGGAAGCGAUCCUCAAGUGUACUGGGCAUUCUGAGGAGGACAUGAUUCAAGAGAUUCUACGGAACGUCACCAGAAGUGACAAAACGCCAACCCAGCUUCUCAGGUAUAUGAGGAAUCAGCUGGGAAAGCACAAUGUAUCAGAAAAGGUUAUUCGAGGCUUGUGGCUGGAGCGUUUGCCCAAAUCAGUCGCUCAGAUUAUCGCCCAGAUGACGAAAGCCACACCUCUGGACGAUUUGGCAGAAUCUGCUGACCUGGUUUUUGCGCAGUUUGACCAUAGCGUUAACGUAGUUCACCCUCCCGACACAGCAAAGCACGAACGCCACGAGCGGAACGAGACAGAACAGGCGUUGGCCGACCUGCAAAGACAAAUUCGAGAAAUCCAGAUCUCCCUGCGCCAACGGACAAAGAAACCAACCCCAUCUCGACAACAACGGAGUCGAACCCCUAGCCGAGAACGGCGAAGCGACCAGGGCAUGUGUUGGUUUCAUCGCACAUUUGGCGAUAGAGCCAGGAACUGUAGAACUCCCUGUACACACCCGUCAGCCCGGAGAAACAAGUAA